ACAACUGAGCGAUGAAUGCUCUUUGACUGACGUAGGUAUCCAAUAGAUACCCAGACCGUGCGGGCGUUUCUCGAUAACGAAGUAGCAGAUGAGUUUUACAUGUGCUCCUGGUGCAAAGUUCCUGCACCUGCCGCUUAGAGGCGCUGUAGCAUAUAUCAAGCCCCUCUCCGCUGUCGCCCGGUUGUCCUCGUCUGGUGUGUCUCGUCGGUGGCAGCGCCCCGCAUGGAUUCCGCAGUGUUCUCCGCGUAUGUAGAUCGGUGGCAUUCGAGUCGCGGUAGAAGCGAUCGAGCCGAGGUGUAGCUCGUCGAGGCACUGGUGCUCAGUAGAACCUCUGGUAGUUCCAAGUCGUGGUACCCCGUUGCCGUUUUAAUACGUCCCAGUCGAAUUUGAAGAAACGUCUGGCGAGAGCGUGUCGGAGCCGAACCGCGUGGGAAAUAUUGUGGACAAUCGCGGGAUAGCUGCCGCGAGAGGGAGAGUGAGAAAAUUCGUUUGUGUCCCGUGCGGGUCGGAGAGGGAUAAUAACGAGGGUAAAGUGUGACCUGUGAAUCUUGGAUUUGACCGGAGUUUAAAACUGGCGACAUGUCAUCUCUUAAGGGCGAUAACGUGCAGUACGCGCGUCUCUGCCAUAUCGUGAAAUGGGAAGAUUUCGACGGUUAUGGAUUCAAUUUACAUGCCGAGAGAGGCAAGACUGGGCAAUUUAUUGGUAAGGUUGACGAAGGCUCGCCAAGUCAGGCUGCUGGACUCAAGCAGGGCGAUAGGAUUGUCGAGGUCAACGAGAUCAACAUCGCCAACGAGACUCAUAAACAGGUGGUCGAUCGUAUCAAGGCCUUCCCCAACGAAACGAAGCUCCUGGUUGUCGAUCAAGAGGCUGACGACUAUUUCAAGGCCAACAACAUCCUUAUUAAGGGCACCAUGACAAACGUCAAGGUCAUCAAGACGCCCGAGAAGAAUCCUGCAUCCGUUGAACAGGAGGCACGCUCUGUUGGAAGUAACAGCUCCGUUGACGAGGGCACGCAGAAGUCCAUUGGAUCGAACGACACGUCGAACAGCGGCAGUACAGCCACCAGCAUCCCUACGAGUGACAACGUCGAGAUCAAUCGUCAGAAUGGGAAUGGCAAUGAUCUUGGUACCGGGAAUGGCAACGGUAACAUCGGAGAACAGCAGAAGGGCCUGAAUCUGAAGAUGAGCGCGAAGGAGCUGAGGGCACAGCUUGCGGCGCGCAAGAAAUACGACCCGAAGAAGGAGUCCAUCGGAUUCAAGGAUAAAUUCGACAUCGUUCAGAAGCUCUAGGAACUGCGAAAUUAGUGCGCUCGUAUAAUCCAGUAUUCCGUUUCUCCAGUCAGGGACCCACGACGUGUCUCGCAAUCUCGUGUACUCUCGGGAUCGUCGUUUGUCUUCUAAUGAAAAUAUGAAGAUCGUGUUUGCAUGGGAAAAUGACAAAAUUAUGUACAGGGACAGGAUUCACGGAGCCUUCAUGAAACUCUUAUCGAUUUCGCGACGUUCCCGGACACGUCGGAUCAUUUAUUUUUCUUUCUCGACCGUAACGGCCUCUCGCAGCUUCCUUACGCGUCGUUGCGAUCCGUCUGGCACGAGACUCGAUUAAUUUUAAACGUCGGAGACUCGCCAGCGCUGCGCUGGAAACGCCGAGGCAGUUCUAUGGGCUAUUCUUGUCAUUUUUUUUCUGUUUCCUUCUUCGUCUAAAUUAUAUUUCAAUGAAUUUAUACGUACCGCGUACAUAUGUGACAAACGCGAGAGCUUGGCAAUCGUAAGUCGCUUUGCGGACUCCGAGUCGCGGAACAGCCAGUCGAAUGUACAUAUAACUAUUUAUUAGCAUCCAUCUUUGCCAAUGCUAAAUGUUACUGCGAAAUGUUACGCAACGCUCAAUUAUCGUCAGACUCAUCGGGCAGUUUCAACCUGUAACCGUUGGCCAGUAAUCAUAUAUGUUGAAAAUACUUGAAACGCACAAUAAUUCAACUGUACGAUCACUCUUUUUGGUAAAUCCAAUCGUUUCGUUAGAGUCACGUCAGGUUUGCGUGUAUCUAAGUAGCACGACAGCUGCCAUUAACCUAAGCGUGACGUUAUCGGUACAAUUAAUUUUCUUAAAUACAUAUGUAUUUAGAGAACGCACAUGUGAGCUCUGGCACUUCGUGUAUUUAUUUGUGAAUUCGAAAAUUCCUUUUCACGUAUUUAAAAUGAUCGAUAUUAUUUCAAUUCGCGCUCCGAUUCAUUCCCGUACCCAAGAUGAUGACGUAUUCGAUAGCAGAAGCGUCGCGACGUGCAAUUAAAAUCGUGCAAAUAAUUCGUCUCGCCGGCGUCUGUUUGCCCGAGACAAUAGCGUGUAAUAAGUGCAAGCUAUACAUUGUGAAUCGAUAUUGUAAAUUACAUAUUAUAAUUGCGUGCAUAGCCAGAGACCCAACGUAUAUGUAUAUAUGUGUAAGUCUAUAUACACGGUGCGGCGCAAAGAUAUGUAUAUGAUAUAUCGACUUUAGAAUUUUUAUACUAAACGAAUUAAUUAAUCCCCCCGAAUCGCCAAUGUUACAAGGGGAUGGGAUUCGUAGUGAUAUAAGUGCCUAUACAUUUAAACGAUAUACUAUAUCGUUGUACGAUUAGGAAUCCAGUGUACUUGAAAAGCCGAAAUUUUGUUUUCUUCUAUCGUGAUGGCGUUUUUGUCCUGGCGAGUAAGGCAAUGACGAUUUGGGAUUACAUUAUCCUCGUUAUAACGCCUUUUAAGCGCUCCAACCACGGGCUGAUAUACGUUCAUAGUGUUUGCUGUAAAUAUUAGAUGAUAUUUUUGUGCAAACAGCUUGAUACGACUGACAAGAAAUAGAGAGAGAGAGAGAAAAGAAGAAAAUUCUUCCAUGGCGUGAACGCCAUGUUGCAAGCGGCCAUAUUAAAAGUUACGCUUGAAUGGCCUUCGCGAGUAUCUGGCACAAUUUUAUUUUAUAUACGACUCUUUCCUGUCCCUCCUGAGGUCGCAACGAGCGCACCGAGUGUACAUACCUAUAGCUACGCACAUUCGUCUUCAAAUGAGUACACACGUUGUUGUUAUUAUUACACACACGUCCAAUGUUACUACAUAAGUAAGCUAAACUAAGCAUUAUAUUUGACAAGAUAGUUUCGAGUGUAUCGUAUUAUAAAACUUAUGUAUAUCUACGUAUGUAUAAACGCUGGUGUACCUAUAAGCUAUGGGAAAAGUUUUCAUUACUUUUAUCUGUUAUACCCUCUGAGAAUCUUUUAUAAUGGUACCCCUGUCUUGUGUCAGGCAGCAGGCGCGCUGUCGGUAUGGAAGUAAGUCGAGGACAGUGGCGUAACUCUACGGCAGACGGGAGCCAGAGGCCUCGGUUUAUGCAGGUCUUUAGUUUACGACUAAUAAGCCACUACAUAAUCGAGUCCUCUUGUUAAUAGGAUAUAUAAAAAAAAAUUUAUUGUUUUGGCUGACUCGAGUAAUUUUCCCACGUCAUUUUUGUUGAAAAUAAUUGUACGAGGUACUGCGCGGAGUUAUUCUGGGUUAUGUUUGUGUUAUAAAUGUUCUAUUGGAUAAUAAAAGUUUCGCUGCUUUUUUCA